AUGUCCGUUACUACAUCUGCUGUUUCAAACACAGCUAAAGCUGCUCUAAGAACUCAACACGGAUGGCGUAGAUUGGUUAAGCCAUAUAUUUAUUCCACGCUUGCCAUUAGCGCCAGUGUUACAGUAGGGGAUUUCAUCUGUCAAUACUUACAAAGACACCAUCAACAUGCAAAACCAUCAUGUCCACCUCCAACGUUUCUACCUUGGUGGGACCGUCGGCGAUCGGCGGUCAUGUGUACUACAGCUGUUUUAGUAUCAACACCGUGGAAUUUUACAAUUUCUAGAACAAUCGAACGAAUAUUUCCAGGGAAGCAAAUUGCUCAAAUCGGUAAGAAAAUGUUAAUCAAUAUCCUGGUUGCGCCAAUCGGUAUUAGUCUCGUCUUUACGAGUGUUACUCUUCUCAAAGGUCAAACCAUUUCUGAUGCGAAGAAAAAAGUGAAAGAAGAUAUGCCGAAAACCUAUCUGGCUGGUUCAUGUUAUUGGCCAUUUGUAUCGUUUGUCAAUUUCCGUUUUAUUCCUUUGGAUUAUCGACCAUUUGUUGCAAGUCUUGCCGGAGCAAUUUGGAAUAUUUACAUAUCAUCAGUUGCAAACAAGACACAUGAAAGUUUAAAUGAGUCUAAGCAAUCAACAUCGAAUGUUUUGUAUCAUACUAAUAAAGAUUUGUGA